AUGAAAGAAAAGAGAAAGAGAGAGGCAAUAGAGGUGGUGGAACGGUUACCACAUGUUCUUGUAGAAGAUAUUUUACAGAGACUUGAGAUAAAACCGAUUGUAAGAUUCACUUGUGUUUCUAAGCAAUGGAACUCAACAAUCAAAUCUCGAUACUUUGCAUCUAGACAUCUAGCCAGAGUGAAGUCACCUAAUCCAGAUAUCCUUCUAGGCGGUGAACUUGUCCAUGAAUCAAAACCUUAUCCUUGUUUACGUACUUUGGGAUCACAUUCUGGUUCAUUGACAGAUGUUAACUAUAUAGCCAAACCCAGUAGAAGACGUCUUGUAGUUACUGGAAGCUGUGAUGGUCUUGUUUGCAUCUACGAUUUUAAAAAAGUGUUGUAUGUCUUCAAUCCAGCUACUAGAUGGUGCCGAUUUCUUCCUCGAGCUAAGAUUCAAAAAAUUAACUGCGUUAGAGAAAACCUAAAUUGUAACUCCGCACGAGCUUUUCUAGGGUUUGGCAAAGACACUCUUACAAGCAACUACAAGAUGGUAUGGUUAUAUAACUCUUUUGAGAACCUAGAUGGUCAAACUACAUGCGAGGUUUUUGACUUUGCAACUAAUACUUGGAGAUAUGUGAUUGGGUCUCGACACCGGAUAUGUGAUCAUGAUUUCAAAUCUCAUCCAGUAUAUACAGAUGGAUCACUUUAUUGGUGGACUCCUCAGCUUAAUAAUAAAGAAACAAAGAUGAUAUGUUUCGAUCUCCACGCAGAGGUUUUUCAAAGAAUGGAAAUUCCGAUUGACUAUGUAGGGCCACAUCGGAUUAUCAUGUGCAGUCUGAAUAAUCGUCUUUGCGUAUCAGCAAUGAAAAUCAACGGCAUUCAGGAUAUGUGGUCACUGAAAUCAGACAAGGUAUGGGAGAAGACUCACAGUCUAGAUUUAAGCUAUACUACUUUUGGUGAAUACUCUGGUGUUCCACUAUCACUGGUCGCAAUUUUCGACAAAACACGAAUGCUAAUUCUUUGGCAAUCGCUUGAGGAAAAAGUUCUAUUAUUGGUAGAAGAUACUGAAACACAGAGCGGGAAACACAAAGUUAGGAGCAUAUCGCCUUGGUUCAAUAAACCUUCUUCUUGGUUAGUUAAUUUAUUAAUUGAGUUGGUUCAUUAAAAUAACUUGAAAUGCACAUGGUUUAGUGAAUUAAACCGGGCUGAGUUAUUAUUAGAGUUAAUUAGGUUACAGUUAGUCGUCUUCUUCACUUAGAGUAUGUAACAGAACGGCCGCCAUGUCACGAUUAGAACAUAGGACAUGAAUAAAGUUAGGUCAAAACAUUAUAGUUUUGAUAGGAAUCUACAAGGCGCGCCUUUCAAGCACUUUUAGUGCCUUAGAUGCCUUAGAUUUAAGCUAAAAGCGCACCAUGGCGCACGCCUUAGGGACCAUACCCUCGCCUGGGAGGUGCAUGGCGAUGGGGCUCGCCUUUUAAAACACAGAACCCGCUUGAGUUGUUUAUCUACCAAAAUUAUCUUCGGAGACAGAUUCGUGUGGCAUGAUUGAAAACAGAGCCGUGAUGAUCAAGAAAUUCCAAGAAU